GUCCAUGUCGGUCUCGAUGCCUCUGGGUGCCUGGCACUCGAGGCCCAGGGCUGCACUGAGCCACGGCGGCAAAAGGCUGCUGGCGGUCAUGAAGGCUUUCUCCUGAGAAUGGAGGCCUUGCGCUUUGCUGCGCUGCGCGAAGCUGCGGGCGCAGCCGUGGCUGCAGAAGGCUGGCAAAGCAAUGUAUCAGAUGCCCCCGAAUCUGGCUGUGUGCACUUUACUUGCCGUUCGGCAGAGGACCGGCUAGAUGCCCUUGAAUUCGAUCUGGGAGACAGCGAAAUCUCCAAUGUCAAUCUGGUGGUGGAGGGUGGCGCAUGCAUCCAUGCUACUGGUCUGGACAACUUCUCCUUUGUACAGCCUGGAGGAGAGUCUGCCAUCAUUGAUCUUCAGAAAGGGCUAAGGCAGCACUUGGCCCAGGCACAGCUGCUUCUAGCGGUCUCCACUCUGGGCCGCGAGGUCAUUGUCACCGUCGCCGAGCAUGCAAAGGUUUUAGAGGCCUCCGGAUACGAGGCCAUUCUCGGGCAUGUAGCUUCUCCAGUGCCCGGCACCCUCGAGGGCGAGCUGUGCUUCAAGCGCCUUGAUGCGGUCGAGGCCACCGGGAAGCUGGCGCCGACGCCGUUCGCGUCGCCGCUACGCUUCCAGGUUUGGGAGAGGCCAAAGCGCCUCGUGCUGGUCGGCCAGCUUGCCGGCAAAGCCCUGGCCUCACGACUAAGCUAUAUUUCUUCGGUCAUAGCUAUGGCCAUGACGGAUUCCAGAAGAUGCUCGCCUUUGAGGGCACUGGGACGGCUUUGCGAUGCGAUGUGUGGUGCUGCAGCGCGGCGGCGCCAGGCAUCCAAGGUCCUAACCCGGGCACGACAGAAGUGCAUCGAGCUGCGCGACAAGGAUGCAUCACGGACUUUGUGUGUCAGCUUGUUGGAGAAGUUCAAGGACGACGCCGGCGAUGACGACUUGCCUUUGCAGCAUCUUCGUGCUGCGGAGCAGCACUUGGCCGCGGUGGAGCGCUGGCUCCGCGGCCAAGGCCAUGAAGAGGGCGCCGAGAACCUGCGCAAGGAACUGGGCGUCAGUGAGGCGCAACGGCGCAUGAGCAGCAGCCCCGAGGCCAUUGAGUUCACCCAGAACUUCGCCGAUAUCGAAGGCGAAGUGUUCGUCCAGGCUUUGACGGGAUCUGUGAAGGUAAAGAGCUUCCGGCAUCCAGGCAAAGUCUUUAUCACCAACGUUCGCCUUUGCUUCUUCUCCUGCGUCCUGGGCGUGGAAGUUUCUUGCUCCGCGAAGUGGGAAGAGAUCGCCAGUUUGAGGUUGGUAGACACGGCACACGCCCAGACAUACCCUGUGCUCGUCUAUUUCAAGGAUGAGAUCGAAUUCGAUGGUCAGGGCGUCAAAGAGCUGGACUUGCGGAUAUUUGAGUUCGCGGAUCUGGGAGCGCUGCAGAAGAGUGCGACCUACUUCGUGGGUGCAGACCUUUUUGGCAUCUACGAGGAGGCUGAGGCCAAGAAACCUGCACCAGCGACAGCAUCGCCUGCGAUCACCCGCCUUGAGCGCACGUCAUCGCUUAUCUCGCCGGAAGCAGUGCUGAAAGAGCUGUCCAUGUGGGAACUGGAGCGGCGUACCAAUCUGUUCAAAAGCAACUGGAAGGCACCAUACUUUCCACAUGAUGGAGUCGGGAAGAUGAAGUGGGUGUCCUUCGAGGACAACUCCUACUCGCGCCAUCCCUUCAUCCCUGAAGGUGUGGACGAACAGAAGAUUUCGGCUAGUGAGACACCUCCGGUGGAGGUGGUGGAGUUUCUCGGCGAGCGCCGACGAUGCACCUGGAGCACUUUCCCGGUGGAGGGUGAAACGGAUGAGCUUGGAUGGCAGUACUCCACUGACUUUGUUCUUGGCAACACUGGCUGGUUGCCAUACUGUGCGAGCAUGAGCUUCGUCAGGCGCAGGUGUUGGAAGCCUUCUUUCUACACGGAUGCGGAGGAUGAUGCUAAGGCAAGAGACCGCGCGCCGACGACCAUUCUGCAGAAUAAGGAUUCGAAAGGGGCCAAGUUCCCGAUCUUCGAGCAGGUCCUGGGGGAAAUCUCCCUAGAGGUGUUGGGUCAGUCUCUACUCACUGACGACUGGCGCGAUCCCGACUGCCUCAUGAACUUCUAUUGGGAGGAGAUGGGCUCUGUGGACUUGGAGAUCAGCGCAUGGAGCGAUGGCAGCAGCUUCGCCUCGGUGGUAAAGGGAAAGGUCAGAACCAUUGAGAUGCGAUCUCCGGUGCCACCUGCGCCUAUGUGUCCGAAGGAGACACGAGUGCAGAGCACAUGGCAUGUCGUCAUCUUGGAGGACAAGGUUCUUCUGGAGAGUGUUUCCAUGUCCCUGGAUGUUCCUUGUGGCACCAACUUCAAUGUCAUUGCCUGCGACACCUUCAGCGUGCAAGAUGGCAAGCUGAAAAUGGUCAGGACCUGUGGCAUUGAGUGGCUUCAGAACACCUGGUUGAAGAGCAUGAUCGAGCAGAAUGUUCCGCCCCAGCUUGCUGCCGUGGGUGAGCGCAUGGCAAAAGUGGUGGGUCGCUGGUGGCAGAAGGCUGGUUCGAGCCAGGAUGAUGGUGCAACUAAGUGA